AUGGGUGAUAAAGAAAAAAAUCAGUAUAGCCUAUGGAAUUCAGAGGAAACCAAGGUUUUGAUAGAAUUACUUGUGGAGGGGAUUCAACGUGGAUGGCGGGACAGUAACGGUAUAAUGAACAAAGCAACGGUGGAACAUAAAAUACUACCAGUCUUGAAUGAAAGACUUGGAUGCCAAAAAACCCACAAGCAUUACCAAAGCAGAAUCAAGUUCUUGAAGGGUCAAUAUCAAUGUUAUGUUGAUCUUUUAAACAACAGUUCAGGCUUUGGAUGGGAUCCUAUCAUGAAAAGAUUUGUGGCUUCUAACGAAGUAUGGAAUGACUAUUUAAAGGGUCAUCCUAAUCACAAGUUCUUACGCUAUGACUCUAGUGAACAGUUUGAUGAUUUGAAAAUCAUAUUUGAUUGUGCAACUGCUAAUGGUAGUUCUUCAAUUGGCUUGGGUGAUACCACGGAUGCUCGCGUCUUCACGGUUGGUGACAGUCAAGCACAAGAAAACUUGAAUUUUGAGGACAUCAGUGAUGAUGUUUAUGUUCAGCAACCAUCCCCAGAAAAUGUUGUUAAAAGGCGUGUGGAAAAACUUGUCUCGAGAAAACGAUCUCGAACCGACGCAUCUAGCAGUUCAGUUGAGAUAAACACUGAUCAAAGUGAUGCUAUGGUAAUGAUGACCAGUAAGAUCCUCACUUUCAUACAGCAGAGAGAAGAAAGACAACAAAAAGAAGUUGAGAAAAGAGAAGCUGAAAAGAAGAAAAAUAGUGUUUGGGAUGCUAUGAAAGAGGUUCCUAAUUUGGAUGAUCGUAUCAAAUUUAAAGCGGUGACCCUUAUCUACUCCUUAGGAAUGAAAGAUGUCUUCACUGAUAUGUCCAUAGAAGAACGCUAUGGUUGGAUCCAAAGCAAUGUCAACUACGAUUGAUCUCUGUUUUAUUAUCUCUGUUUUAGACUGUUUUGUUAUUUCUUUACAAUCAUUCUAGACUGCUUUUUUAUUAUUUAUAGAUACUAAACUGGUUUUCGUUUAAUAUAUAUGAUGGGUUUUUAAAUAUUUUUUGUUGCUUUUAGCAAUACAAAAUGUCAUGCUGUUGUUAUAGCACGUAGCUUAUUUUAUUGUUGUGUCGGUAACCCACAUCCCCCUAAGUAACUUUAUUGUUAGUGUCUUGCUUAUUUUAUUAGUAGUUUUGUAAAUAUAAAAUUUAACUAAGUUACGCUCAGUUUUUUUGUUCAAUUAUUUCUUUGAAAAUCACUAUUUUCAUCUUUAUAGGACUGUAUUGGAGCUAUUGAUGGUACACAUAUUUUUGCAAUGAUACCAACUUCUGAUGUUCCAAGCUAUCGUAAUCGCAAAGGAUUUAUAUCACAAAAUGUCCUUGCUGCUUGCAACUUUGAUUUGGAGUUCAUGUAUGUUCUUAGUGGAUGGGAAGGAUCAGCUCAUGAUUCAAAAAUUUUAAGUAAUGCUUUGACAAGACAUGGUAGCAGAUUAAUCGUUCCAGAAGGUAUGUACUUAAGUUGUAGUACACAAUUUAUAUAUGUACAGAAUUUUAAUUUAUUUACAAAUUGAAUAUCAGGAAAAUUUUAUCUGGUAGACUGUGGAUUUGCAAAUCGUCAAAAGUUUUUAGCUCCAUUCAGACGUACUCGCUAUCAUUUACAAGAAUUUAAAGGUGAAGGCCGUGAUCCUAAAAACCAAAACGAGUUGUUCAAUUUGCGGCAUGCAUCUUUGAGAAACGUGAUUGAGCGAAUCUUCGGUAUUUUCAAAUCUCGUUUUUUGAUUUUUAAGUCGGCGCCUCCUUUUCCUUUUACAACACAAGCAGAAUUGGUUUUAGCUUGUGCUGGAUUACAUAACUUUCUACGGAAGCAUUGUCGGUCUGAUGCUUUUCCAGAGGAAGUGAUCACUCCAAACAAUGACCAAGCAAACUUUGAAGAAGUUAUACAUGUGGGUGCUCUCGAAUCUCAACAAAGAGAAUAUGCUAACAACUGGAGAGACUCAAUAGCUUUAAGUAUGUGGAAUGACGCUGUAGAAGCUGGAAGUCAGCGUUAAUGGUUACUUCUACGUUUCUCAAUGAUUUAUAACUUAUUUUUUCAUUUGUGAUGGUGUUAUUUUCUGGAUUUAUCAUUUUAGAGAAACAAGUCACAUUAAAAUGAUAUGAUUGAGUUAUAAAUAAAACGUGGUUGAGGUUUGUUGGUAUGA